AUGUUGUCUCGGUCUAUUUUCCGUCAGGCAACGCGGGCGCAUUUGACUACCACCACACUACCCCGUUGUUGGAGAAAUGCCUCCUCAGCGGCGGCCUUUAAUUGGGAGGAUCCUUUGAACCUAUCGAACUUUCUGACCGAGGAGGAGAAGGCAAUACAAGAAACAGCACACUCAUAUUGUCAAGAACGACUGCUGCCAAGAGUAUUGGAAGCCUACCGCAAGGAGGAUUAUGACAAAAAGAUUCUCCAAGAAAUGGGCGAGCUAGGCUUGUUGGGUGCCACAAUCAAGGGUUACGGGUGUGCUGGCGUGAGCAGCGUUGCUUCAGGGCUCAUAACCAGGGAAGUUGAGAGAGUUGACUCGGGAUAUCGAUCUGGCAUGUCCGUCCAGAGUUCGCUGGUAAUGGGACCUAUCGACGAGUUCGGAACUCAGGAACAAAAAGAUAAAUAUUUGGAGAAGUUGGCAAAAGGUCAACUUAUAGGAUGCUUUGGCUUGACCGAACCGAAUCAUGGAUCUGACCCAGGGUCAAUGGAAACUACGGCGAAACCACAUCCGACGAAAGAGGACCACUACUCGAUCUCGGGAGCUAAAACCUGGAUUACGAACUCUCCAAUUGCGGAUGUCUUAGUGGUCUGGGCUAAAUUGCAAGAGACGGGCAAGAUCCGAGGCUUCGUGGUCGAAAGAGAAAAGUGCCCCCCCGGGACGCUUGAAACGCCAGCUUUAAAAGACAAAAAUGGACUUCGAGCGUCGAUCACGGGUAUGAUUCAACUGGACGAAUGCCCCAUACCAAAGGAGAACAUGUUUCCCGAGGUGGAAGGACUCAAAGGUCCCUUCGCUUGUCUCAACUCGGCCCGAUUUGGUAUUGCCUGGGGGACAAUGGGAGCCCUUGAGGAUUGUAUCAGUCGAGCGCGAGAGUAUGCCCUUGAAAGAAAGCAAUUCAAGAACAAUCCAAUCGCCAAAUAUCAGCUUGUUCAAAAGAAGUUGGCCGAUGCAGCAACAGAUGCCGCCUACGGACUGGCCGCUGCGUACCAAGUUGGCAGACUGAAGGAUGAGGGAAAGACUGUCCCAGAAAUGAUAUCAAUGAUUAAACGCCAGAACUGCGACCGAGCUUUGAUCAAUGCCAGACAUCUCCAGGAAAUCUUUGGGGGCAAUGCGGUCAGCGAUGAAUAUCAUAUCGGACGCCAUGUUGCCAAUCUAUUUGUCACGCAAACAUAUGAAGGACAGAGUGACAUUCACUCGUUGAUAUUGGGAAGAGCUAUCACUGGCAUCCAGGCAUUUGUAUAG